UCGUGAUACGCGGUUUUGUACUUUAAACGACGAUAUGUAUGUAUGUAUUUACGUAUGUUUGUCAGCGUGGAAUUGUCAAAGUUUCCAUUGCGUAACUUAUUUAUAAUAUGCAUCAAAUUAUCCAUACGUCAUUCUUCUGUGAUUGCAGUUAUUUAAAUUGAUUACAAAAAAAAAUGGCGCUACGUAUUGUCUUCACGCUGCCCACAUCUAAGGCACUGGGCCAAACCCUGGUGCGUGCCAUGUCAUCGCAGGCUGCUGCCUCCAAGAAUGUUGGCUUUAUCGGUUUGGGCAAUAUGGGCGGUCAUAUGGCUAGUAAUCUUAUCAAGCAGGGUCAUAAAUUGCACGUCUAUGACAUUUCGAAAGAAGCUUGCAACAAUUUGAAGUCCAAGGGCGCCACUAUUUACGAGAAGACCACCGAUUUGGCUAAGAACUCAGACUUUGUCAUCACAAUGCUGCCCAACAAUGAUAUCGUGUGGGAGGCCUACAACCAAAUGACCGCCGAUGGUGUAAACAAGAAUACACUCUUCAUCGAUUCAUCAACAAUUGAUCCGAAUUUGGUGAAACAGCUACAAAAAUUCAUCCGCGAUAAGGGUGCCCGCUUUAUUGAUGCGCCCGUCUCGGGUGGUGUACCCGGCGCCGAACAGGCAACACUCACCUUCAUGGUUGGCGGCACACAGGAGGAAUACCGCACCGUGAAGCCGCUGCUGGAGGGUAUGGGCAAACGUAUCACCUACUGCGGCAGCUAUGGCAUGGGACAAGCGGCCAAAUUGUGUAACAACAUGUUGUUGGGCAUUACGAUGAUUGGCACCGCAGAGGCUAUGAACUUGGCCAUACGUCAAGGUUUGGAUCCCAAAGUAUUCGCUGAGAUUGUCAAUUCAUCGACGGGUCGUUGUUGGUCGUCGGAAGUGUACAACCCUGUACCUGGCAUCACACCAAGCGCACCUAGCAAUAAGGGAUACGCUGGCGGUUUCUCCACAGAUUUGAUUACCAAGGAUUUGGGUUUGGCAUCAGGUGUGGCUACCGCGACUAACACACCCAUACCACUGGGCGCCCUAACUCACCAGAUUUAUCGCACACUAAAGUCGCAGGGGUUGGGUGGUAAGGAUUUUUCUAUUGUCUAUGAUUUCUUAAAGAAUGAUGGGAACAAUUAAAUAUGGAUAUGGGCGAAAAAAUGGCGAUAGGAGUGAAACGCAUGAAUUCUACAAGGCCGAAGAUGUGUAGAUAUGCACGGAUAGCUGUAUAUAUAUAUAUGUAUUUUUGUAUAUAUACUUUUGAAAUGUCAUAAAUUAUUGUUAUGACUUUUGAAACUUCAACCAGGCUUGCAUUUAUUUUUGUAUUUUAAUAGUCAAAUACUUAAAUGUAUUCAUAUUUAAGAAAAAUUAAGUGUUGUGCAUUUAUUAGAACAAUUAAAUAAAAAAGUUAUAUUUACUAAAAAAAUAUGCAGCGUUGGCAAAAUAAGCUUUUCGUUUGAGGCACAAAUUGCAAAAUUUUUACUUAUCAACAGCAGUUUCUUAUCAGCCAGAAACAUAGAAGUGGAGAUUAAUAUUAUACCGAAUGCAUAAUCAUGCAGUGGCAGCUGAACGAGAACCUACCAGGGUUGGGACUAUGCAUGAAUUCGGAUAUUCGUUCGGAUAUUCGAUUAAUCGGAUGUCCGCUUAAUACCCGUUUUAUUUUGUUAUCAGGUUAAUAUUCCUCUUUAACCAAAUAAUCAACAACUAGUUUUAUACUUUUUUCUACAACCGGAGAAUUUUUAAUUUAAUAGUGAAAAGUUGUUGUUUUAACUUCAACUAUCAGAAAAUUAACAAAAAAUAUUUUUAAAAUU